CCAUACAUAUAUCAUUAUCACAUUGGCAUGAAGAAAGUAUACAGGUACAGGGAUAAAAUGAUGCAGUAGAGAGAUUAUCACUGAUUAGGACUGAUGAACCCUAUCUGCUGAUGUAGGAUGGAAUGUGUGUUAGUGGAGACUACAAAACGUCAGAAAAAGAAAGUUAUUACACCAAAUACUCCAGAGCAGGACUUCUACCUGGCUAUAGAACGUGGAGAUCUCCAGGAAGUCCAGACUCUGCUGGAGAGAGGUGUGGAUUUGUCUUACAAAAUAGAAGGAUGGUCACCACUUACACUUGCCUGUGAAUGUGGACAAGAGGAUAUUGUAGAAGUGAUUGUGAACCAGCUUAAAAAUGAUGAAGAGAACAACAAGGGGAAGCAAAGACUAAGUGAUCGCCUGAACUAUGUUUCUGUGUUAGAGACACUAAAUGAUAAUGGGGACACUCCCCUGAUAUGUGCUGCUCGAGCAGGUCAUGUAGAUGUCUGUAGCCUUCUCCUGGAGUCUGGUGCUUACAUCAACCAGACUAAUCAACAUGUUAGACAAACACCUCUCCUGGUGGCUGUGGAGCAUGGUAACAUGGAUGUGGUGGACUUCCUGUUGGACUGUGGUGCUGAUGUACAACUCACAGACAACAUCAACAUCACACCACUUUACGCAGCCAUCAAGGCUCGCAAUCCACUGAUGGUUCAGCGACUUAUUCAGGCAGGCUCUGAUGUGAAUCUUGGUAGCCAGGACCAUGCCCCACUCUUCCUGGCGGCAAGACUCAAACUAUUAUCAGUUGUACAGAUGCUAAUAAAUGCAGGCUGUGAGAAGAACAUCACCAUAAAAUAUGGUGUCACCCCUCUGUAUGAGGCCACAUUUAGAGGUCACACAGACAUUGUGGAGUUCCUUGUGAAUGAAGGAUGUGACGUUAAUAAGACAGAUAUGUAUGGGGUCAGUCCACUCCAUAUUGCAUCCAUGUAUGGUCACCUGAACUGUGUCAUCCUCCUCAUCCUUGGUGGUGCAGAUAUGAGACUGAGAAUGCAACAUGGCCAAACAGCUCUACAAGUGGCCAUGGAAAUGAACCAUGCAGAUGUUGUGGAGUACUUCUUAUGUAGAGGAGAGGACAUUUUGUGUAAACCUCAUGGGAGUAACAGUUUAAAGAUAAUAGCAGCAGUGUUUGAGAAGGGACAUCGCGAGACAGUAGAGGUUUUACUUAGAGGCUGUGCCAAGCUUGUUCUGUUACACUACCCUGGAGUUACAGAAAUGUUCUGCAACGACAAAUACCUGCUGGAGAUGCUGUUCAUGUCAGGGAUACAGACCAUCCCUGGGGUACUGACUGUACCUAAGCUUCAUCCCAAGUAUGUCUGCAAUCCAAAAGCUGCUCAGUGGCUUGAAGAGUAUCACAAGAAACCUCAGUCUCUCAAAUCCUUGUGUCGUAUUCGCUUACGGCGUUGUCUAGGAAAUAAGGUACUAUGCUUAUCCAAAGGUUUGCCACUGCCGUCCAUUAUCAAGGACUAUGUGUGUCUACGAGACAUAUCUAAGGAAUAAAGAACUGUGGCCAAGUAACGAUAACUGCCAUCCAUCA